AUGCAGUGCUAUACCGAGCUGCUUCCUCCAUCGGGGGUGACCCACGCUCUGGCUGUUCCAUUUCUGUCUGCGACAUCGAACAAUUUGAUUGUCGUUCGAUCCUCUCUGUUGCAGGUGUUUUCUUUGCGUUCAUCACCGACUCCACGACAAAAUGAAAAUGCGGAGACCCACCUCACAACUCCAACAGCAACCGAUUCUCAUCUGACGAGGACCAAGCUUAUCCUGGAGAAAGAAUACCCACUGCCAGGGACGGUAACAGACCUGAGUAGAGUGAAGAUUCUGAAUUCCAAGAGUGGUGGUGAAGCAAUCCUGCUAGCUGUCCGCAACGCGAAGCUGAGCUUGAUAGAAUGGGAUCCUGAGCGUCAUGGUAUCUCUACCAUCUCGAUUCACUACUAUGAGAGAGAUGACCUGACGAGAAGUCCAUGGGUACCUGACUUGAGCAACUGCGGUAGUGCUCUCAGCGUGGAUCCCAGUAGUCGAUGCGCCGUGUUCAAUUUUGGAAUCAGGAACUUGGCAAUUCUGCCAUUUCACCAAGCCGGAGAUGAUCUCGUGAUGGACGACUACGACCCAGAACUUGACGGAGAACGUUUGAGCGAUGGUCAAGGAUCUGCUGCGAACCACGUGGAUGGACAGCAUCGCGGUGGCGCUACUUAUGGAACUCCCUACGCUGCCUCAUUUGUGCUGCCUUUGACAGCCUUCGACCCUGCUUUGCUCCAUCCUGUCAGCCUGGCGUUUCUCUAUGAAUACCGAGAGCCUACAUUUGGAAUCGUGUACUCUCAGGUGGCCACUUCAAGUGCAUUGAUCAACGAGCGCAAAGACGUGAUGACCUAUGGUGUUUUCACCCUAGACCUGGAGCAACGGGCAUCAACAUCGCUUCUUUCGGUCUCAAAACUUCCCAGUGAUUUGUUCAAAGUGGUAGCACUCCCACCUCCCGUGGGGGGUGCUCUUCUCAUUGGUAAUAACGAGGUUGUCCACGUGGACCAAGCCGGCAAGACAAACGCGAUAGGAGUCAACGAGUUUGCACGUCAGAUGUCCUCUUUCUCGAUGAGUGAUCAAUCGGAUUUGUCCCUUCGCCUGGAAAACUGCGUUGUGGAACGUCUCGGUGGCGAUAGCAGUGACCUUCUACUCAUUCUAGCCUCCGGAGACAUGGCGUUGAUUCGGUUCAAGCUUGAUGGUCGGUCAGUAUCUGGCAUGAAACUCCACGCCCUUCCCCGGCAAACCGGAGAGCAUAUUGUGAAGUCAACGGCUUCGUGUUCGGCAUGCUUUGAAGACGGGAAUGUAUUCGUCGGUAGUGAAGAUGCAGACUCUGUGCUUCUUGGAUGGUCUCGUUCCUCUGCACUAUCCAAGAAGAAGCAGGUCUCAACCGGGAUCGAGGAUCUGUCUGAUGAUGACCUGAUGGAUGAUGAAGAUGUGUAUGAAGACGAUCUUUACUCCACAGCACCCGAUCCAAGAGCGUCUUCUUCAAACCCCACGUCCGAAUUUUAUCAUUUCCAUUUGAAUGACCGAUUAUCGUCUAUCGGUCCUUUGCGCGACCUGACUCUCGGCAAGCCUGCUUCGUGUUCUCAAGAAGAGAAAGAUUCGGGCGAAGACGACGUGCUGGCAGACUUGGAACUGGUUGGAGCGUCGGGGUCUGGCAGAUCUGGUUCUUUGGUCGUGAUCAAGCGAGAGGUUGACCCCUGCGUUAAAAUGAACACCAAGAUUGAUGACGCGGAAGGCGUUUGGUCGACAACUUUGCAUCGAGGCAGAAAGAGCGGCCAGCCGAGUGCUGACGGUUCGGAGAGUGGUCAAUCUCGUCACUUUAUCAUUGUGUCAAAACCGACAGCAGAUAACCGAGAGGUGUCUGAGAUUCUGGAAGUCGAUGGAAAAGAUAUGAACCCUAUUAAAGCACCGGAAUUCAAUCCGAACGAGGACUUCACGAUCGACAUUGGCCCACUAGCGGAUUCCACGCGACUUGUGCAAGUCCUGCAAAGCGAGGUUCGAAGCUAUGAUAUUGAUCUCGGACUUUCUCAAAUUUACCCGCUUUGGGAUGAAGACGUCGAGGAGGAGAGAAUUGCCAUCACAGCGAGCUUCACCGAUCCGUAUCUUGCAAUUAUCCGUGACGAUGCCGCUCUCUUACUUCUCCAAUGUGAUGAGAGUGGCGAUCUGGAUGCAGUCUCAAUUCCAGACGAGCUCUCCGGGCCUAAAUGGCGGUCCGCCAGGCUCUAUCAAGACCACAGCCACGUGUUUGCGGCUCCCAGUGAACACGGCAGCGAUGACGUUUUGGCCAAUACUUUGCUGUUCCUCUUGAGUAUUGAUUCCAAGCUCUCUAUUUUCAAUCUGACAGACAUGAAAAUGCUCGACGUCAUUGAUGGCGUGGACUGCCUGCAGCCAGUGUUGUCCUCCGAAGCGCCACGGCGAAGUAAUAAUCGCGAACCCUUGAAAGAGGCCCUCGUGGCCGACUUGGGUGACCAGUGGAUCAGAUCACCUUAUCUCAUCGUACGCACUGAAACCGACGAACUUAUCUAUUACAAGCCCGUCUUUCACACCGUCAGCAACGGCGAUGGGUCGUCUAAAAGCCUUCGUUUCCACCGAGAAACGAAUCAUAACCUCACGGACACCGCUGCGGCCGCAGCUUCAACCGUAGAGAUGCAGCAGCAGUCAAAGCCCCUGCGCGUCUUGUCAAACGUGUCGGGCUAUAGCACGGUCUUUUUGCCGGGCGCGUCUGCAGGGUUUGUGAUGCGAACCGCAGCCAGCUCCCCACACUUGGUGCGUCUACGGGGCAAUUUCAUUCGAUGGUUGAGUGGACAUGACUCGGCUGGAUCUGGCUGUGAUCACGGUUUCAUCUACGUUGACUCUGCGAGUCAGAUUCGAGCUUGUCAAUUACCUUGUGGCACACAGUUCGACUACUCGUGGCCCCUUCGCAAAAUCUCGCUGGAUGAGCAGAUUGAUCACUUGACCUUCUCGACAACAUCCAACACCUACGUUGUGGGGACUAGUCACGAUGCCGAGUUCAAACUGCCAGAUAACGAUGAGCUUCAUCCCGAAUGGCGCAACGAAGCAAUCACCUUCUGUCCACAUGUUCCACACAGCUCAGUGAAAGUGGUCAACCCAGAGACGUGGACUGUAAUUGACGAGUAUCCAUUGGAGGCAGCGGAGCAUAUCACGGCGGUGCAGAAUGUGAACAUGGAGAUCUCUGAGAACACGCACGAGCGAAAGAAUCUCAUCGUGGUGGGCACCGCAAUAGUCAAGGGCGAGGAUAUUCCAGCCCGCGGAUGUAUCUACGUCUUUGAUGUGAUCAAUGUGGUGCCGGAUCCCGAGAAGCCAGAGACCGGGCGCAAGCUCAAGCUGGUUGGAAAAGAGAGUGUCAAGGGAGCCGUGACCGCGCUUUCCGGAAUCGGAGGCCAGGGUUUUAUCAUUGUAGCCCAAGGGCAAAAGUGCAUGGUGCGAGGACUCAAGGAAGAUGGCAGUUUACUGCCCGUUGCGUUCAUGGACAUGUCGUGCUAUGUCUCCGUUGCGAAGGAGUUGAAGGGCACUGGUAUGUGUCUUUUGGGGGAUGCAGUCAAGGGGAUAUGGUUUGCUGGUUAUUCGGAGGAGCCUUACAAAAUGAGCUUGUUUGGCAAAGACCCCGAAUACUUGGAGGUGGUGUCGGCCGAAUUCCUACCAGAUGGCAACAAGUUGUACAUCCUUGUUGCCGACAGCGACUGCAAUCUACAUGUGCUGCAAUACGACCCAGAAGACCCCAAAUCCUCCAACGGCGACCGCCUCCUACACCGCAGCAAGUUCUACACAGGCAAUUUCGCCACGCAAAUGAUUCUCCUCCCACGCACCGCCGUCCCCAGCGAACAAGACCACCACCACCAGAACAUCGACACCUCAUCCCAAAACGACAUGAUGAUCGAUUCGGACAGCCCCUCCCCCCACGCCACGCACCAAGUCCUCCUCGCCUCGCAGAACGGCUCUCUCGCCCUGAUCACCAGCGUCUCCGAAGAAUCCUACCGACGAUUGUCGGCGCUACAGUCCCAACUCACCAACACCAUUGAACAUCCGUGCGGGUUGAACCCGCGUGCCUUCCGGGCCGUCGAAAGCGACGGGACCGGCGGCCGAGGAAUGGUAGACGGGAACUUGUUGCGCCAGUGGCUGAAUCUGGGAAAGCAGCGACAGGCGGAGAUCUCGGGACGCGUGGGAGCCACGCAGUGGGAGAUCCGCGGGGAUCUGGAGAGUAUCGGCGGUGACGGCCUGGGGUAUUUGUGA